AUGCGGGGCACCGAGGUGCUCCUCGGUUACUUUCUGGUUAAAGUUCUGGUGUGCGACGCGGAGGGCGAGCCGGGACAGACCCUCGACGGCUUCAUGUUAGUAUCCGGGUUUAACGACUCAAAGGACGGGGAGAGCGGCGUGACCGAGAGCCCGCACACGGAGGACAGGUGCCGCGGGUACUACGAUGUGAUGGGACAGUGGGACCCCCCGUUCGUGUGCAGGACGGGCAGCUACCUGUACUGCUGCGGGACCUGUGGCUUCAGGUUCUGCUGCGCGUUUAAAAGCUCCCGGCUGGACCAGACCACCUGCAAAAACUACGACACCCCGCCGUGGAUGAUGACAGGCAGACCCCCGCCCAAGAAAGUUGAUGUGGCGCUGGACACCGCCAAGGAUAAAACGAACCUCAUUGUGUAUAUCAUAUGCGGGGUGGUGGCUAUAAUGGCACUUGUGGGGAUUUUCACCAAGCUUGGUUUGGAAAAGACGCACCGUAUGCAGAGAGACAACAUGUCAAGGGCUCUUGCCCAGGUGAUCCGCCACCCUGCCAGUGAACACACCGAUGACAUUGGGAUGCACGGGCAGCACUACGAGAACUUACAAGCCAGGACAUCGGUUAACAGUCUCCACGGCACCCAGAUGAACAAUGUGGGCCCAGGAUCGACUUUGAUAACACAGCCGUACCCUGCCCUGGGACAGAUCAUAAGCCCCUAUGAUCAGCAGCAGCCUGGCAAGGAUGUCAACAAGUAUGCCUCGCUCAAGGCUGUGGCGGAGAAGGCUAAUGAGAACUUCUACACCAACCGGCGACACAUGGUAGAGAUGACAACCAAGGGCAGCCUUCCCAUGGAGCCGGUGGAUAUGGAGCCAGAGCCGAGUAAUCCUUACAGCCCACCCAGACAGCCCUCUGCUAAGCAGAACGGACACAAGUACAAAAGCAGUAAAAGCCACAGCUUGCAGUCUUUGGCCUAUGGCUCCAGCUCCAACACCAUUGUCAGCCCAGGGGUGCUGAAAGUAUGGGAGAGCAAGGACACGUUGGGGCGGCGACAGACCUGCGGCCCAAAGAAACACUGCACCAUAGAGAAGGAGCUGCACAGUCCACGCUACAUGCCUCCACACCCAUAUUUUGUCACCAACAGCAAGACAGAAGUGACUGUAUGAAAGCUUGUCUCGCUGCCGGGCUUAAUGGAGAGCGCAGAGUGGAACGAGAGAGAGAGAACAAAGUGUGUUGGUGAAAGCCUGCAUAAUGGGGCUA